UACUCGACAAAACAGCAUUACUAAUAAAAAAAAAAAUCAAAAGUAGUAGUAAAAGCAUCAACACAAGUUUAAGAGAAAGUGCAAUGUAAAUCUCUCUUGUGUUUCAGCGGAACCAAAGCUGUUCGCUGAUAAUGUUGAAGCGGUUGAGGGUGAGGAUAUCACUUUGGAGUGCAUUGGCAAUAUCCCUAAAAAUAAACCAUGGGAAGACAUCUACAUCCAGUGGCUGAAAGAUGACAAAGAAAUCCUGCGAUUGAGCUCUGGAAAGAUGGACGUCAGUAUUGAUUACAGCAUCAUCGCAUUACCGCCCAAACACGACAUCUGUCGUGGCGUCUUCUCACUGACCAUCAAGUCGGUGAGUGUUGUCGACCAGGGCGUUUAUCAGUGCCGUUACAAGAACACUGAUUACGAGGCGCCGCGGAGCGGAUUCCCGGAGAGGCACACGCUCACUGUUUGGGCGGCGUCUUCAGGGAUGACAGACCUCAUGGACUCAGUCUCCAGUGCCAGCGUGACCUCUCACACUUACACAAGCACAAGCGUGCCAACUUGGACGGCUGUUGCAAGCACUCAUACUGAAGCGGGCCGCACGGCACCAGCUCACGCAUAUGCUGCGAGUGCUCAGACUGAGAUGAACAGCUCCAUGCCAACGGACACAUAUGCUGCCAGCACUCAAACUGAAGCGAGCAGCACAGCGCCAGUGCAGACAUACGCUGAGAGAGCUGAAGAUUUUUCAGCCGUCCCUGAGGCAGGCACCGUUUCUGGCCAGCGUGAUCUUCUCGAGUUCAUCUCGGAUGAGAAGACUCCCUGGAUCCGCAUCGGACUCAUCAGUGGAGUUCUGCUCGUUACUGCAGUCGUUCUGGGAUUAUUGCUGGUAUCUGGAAGAAUCUGAGGUGUCGGGAGAAAAGUAAUGAAGGGAUUUAUGUUUCAGACAUUUCCAUUGCAGUUUUGAGAGCUGUGAAAAGUUGGUUCAACAAAAUAUGAUGUAUUUUUUUUAUAUACCUUGUCUUAUUUGUGGAGCACAACUGUUUACUUAAAAUACUCAAUACUAUUUUUUUCCUAUUUGUUUUUAUUGCUCUUAGGGCAUGCAAAACAAGAUUUGAAAUUUAUUUAUUUUUUUUACACAUAUUUUUCAAAAAGAUUUCCUAAUGGACAGCAUGAGUUUAUGGUUUUAACUGAAGAGAUACUGUAUUAAAAACAAUACAGUAAUAACACAGCAAUACCCAAUUCAGAUUACUUUCAGAUAACGCAGUCAGAUUACUUUUUGACGUUACGAGUAAAGUAACGCAUUACAAGUAACGUGCAUUACGUAAUCAGACUACUCUUUUGACGUUACGAGUAAAGUAUUACAAGUAACGUGUAUUAAGAGUAAUGCAUUACAAGUAACGUGCAUUAUGUAAUCAGAUUACUCUUUUGACGUUACAAGUAUUACAAGUAACGUGAAUUAAGAGGAAUGCAUUACAAGUAAUGUGCAUUAUGUAACCAGAUUGCUCUUUUUUUACGUUACGAGUAAAGUACUACAAGUAACGUGUAUUAAGAGUAACACAUUACAAGUAACGUGCAUUAUGUAACCAGAUUACUUUUUGACGUUACGAGUAAAGUAACACAUUACAAGUAACGUGCAUUACGUAAUCAGAUUACUCUUUUGACGUUAUGAGUAAAGUAUUACAAGUAACGUGUAUUAAGAGUAAUGCAUUACGUAAUCAGAUUACUUUUUGAUGUUACGUGUAAAGUAAUGCAUUACAAGUCACAUACAUUAUGUAAUCACAUUACUUUUUUGAUGUUAAUGCAAAUUACAUUCUAAUAACACACAUUUAUUUACAGUCAAAAAAGUUAAAAACAAACAGUCACAGUAAUAGUAUCAAUUCUAGCUGAAAUAUAGCUAUUAGUGUAGUGGACAGCUGAAUAAUUAGAAUUUUCUCCCCAUCUAAAAUCAAUACUUGGAAAAUUUAACUGUGAUAUGACUCAUUAGAUAUUGCAUAUAUAUAUAUAUAAUCAAUUUAAAAAGUUUACCUAAUUUUUUAAACGUCUAUUAUGUCGUUAUAAAAUAUAAUUUUAUAAAAAUAUAUAUACAUUUAAAAAUGCGCUCUGGCAUAGGGUUUUAAUAACUAAAACCACAUUUUCCCUAAAAAACAUAGAGACUUUGCCUUGGGAUAAAAAAAAAAAUCAAAUUGUGAAACUGUUUAAAAUAAUAAAAUAUAAAAUUCUUUAGUAGAGUGGUACUUUGAUGAAUCUUUUGAGUAUGGUGCUAUUCAUGUAUUUAUCUUUAAAUGGUGCUGUUAGUUCAUUUCUAUGUUAAAAUAUUUCUAGUUUUUGAAAUCUGAUGUCAUUUUUACCGUCCUCUUAAAGCAUGAAGCAAAAUACGGCAUUAGUAUUAUCAAAGACUGUGUAGAUCCACUAAUGUGAAGCUGUUUUUUAAUUCAGAUCCAUGUGACUGAUUCGUCAGUUAUGCAGAACUCUCAUUUCACCUUUUUGUCACAAAAUAAAUUGGACAGUACAUUUGCACAUUGUGCGUGAUAUAUUGCAAAAAUUUAAAGACAUGCACGUGCAGUUUUUCUUUGGUUUGUUUGAUUGCAGUUUGUAUGUUGAUGUGUUUCUAAUGCUGAUCAGCUGAAAGGAGUUUUAUGCAUUUUGUACAUAGAUACUCAACCUUCUUGAAGCAAAGAUUAUCUUUAACAAAUACUGCUCUGCAACGUUGUAAUUUUUGUGAAACUGACCGGACACAAUAAAGAGCAUAAUUUUCCAGCGACA